GAUGAUAUCAGUCAGAAAUAGUUACAGUUAAGUACUUUGUUGUUUGUUCCUAAGUUAGUGUAUAAGCUUAGAUGAAUAAAACGUAAGAUCGAUCCAAUGUAAGCAGAGACAAAUGAUCUACAGACACUAUUAAACGGCAUCUUUACUCUAUGAUAUAAGGAAAUUGGAAUUGCCAUACUAUUACAAAUAAAAUCAUGCCUGGAGGAUCACCAACAAUCGGCAUCGAUUUGGGAACAACUUAUUCCUGUGCUGGAGCCUUUCUAAUGGGAGAAGUACGAAUAUUGGUCAACGAUCAAGGCAACAAAACAACGCCGAGCUAUGUUGCUUUUACGGACCAUGCACGUUUUAUCGGCGAAGCAGCGAAAAACUACGUUACAAGGAAUCCACAGAAUACAGUAUUCGAUGCGAAACGACUUAUAGGACGCCGGUAUGAUGACCCGAAGAUCACACAGGGAAUGAGACACUGGCAGUUUGGAGUAUUGAACGAUUGUGGUAAGCCAAUAAUUGAAGUUGAUUUUAAAGGCGCAAAAAAACGAUUCUAUCCUGAAGAAAUAAGUGCCAUGAUUCUUGCAAAAAUGAAAGAGAUUGCAGAAAACAACUUGGGUACGGCUGUGAAUAAUGCAGUCAUCACUGUGCCAGCUUAUUUUAAUGAUUCUCAGCGACAAGCAACUAAAGAUGCAGGAACUAUUGCUGGAUUUAAUGUGUUGCGAAUUAUCAACGAACCCACUGCCGCUGCACUAGCUUACGGUUUGGAUAAACAUGUAAAAGGAGAGCGUAACGUUCUCAUUUUUGACCUGGGAGGAGGCACUUUCGACGUCUCUAUUCUCACAAUCGAUGAAUGCUCAGUGUUUGAAGUACAGUCUACAGCAGGUAACACGUACCUUGGGGGAGAAGAUUUUGAUUACCGACUUGUUGAUUAUCUAUGUGAGGAAUUCAGGCGGAAGCAUGGCAUGGACUUGAGAACUAAUCGUCGAGCUAUGGCUAGAUUGAAAACUGCAGCUGAAAGAGCGAAACGCUCUCUUUCGUCAAGUACAGAGGCAAGUAUUGAGAUUGAUUCACUGAUUGAAGGCAUUGACUUCUUCACGAGAGUAUCUCGCACCCGUUUUGAGGAGUUGUGUGCUGAUCUUUUUCUUUCAACACUGCUACCAGUAGAAAGAGCACUCGAAUGUGCCAGGAUGGAUAAAUCGGAGAUUCACGAUGUUGUGCUUGUCGGUGGGUCAACUCGUAUUCCCAAGAUCCAGUCAUUACUGCAGAACUUCUUCAAUGGCAAGCCCUUAAAUGUGGCUAUUAAUCCUGAUGAAGCAGUAGCGUACGGAGCAGCAAUCUAUGCAGCAAUUUUGACAGGAGACAAUGGAGCUUUCAUCAAAGAUAUACUUCUAGUUGAUGUGACUCCAUUAUCAUUGGGAAUUGAAACAGGAGUCGAUAUAAUGGCAACAGUCAUCGAACGCAACACUCAGAUACCUUGUAAACGAUCUCGAAUCUUCACAACACACGAAGACAAUCAGCCUGAUGUUGAAAUUCAAAUAUACGAAGGUGAACGAGUGUUGGCAAAAGACAACAAUCUUCUAGGAACGUUCGACCUGAUUGGAAUCCCCCCAGCACCCAGAGGAGUGCCUCAAAUCAAAGUUACUUUUGAUAUCAAUGCGGAUGGUAUUUUGAAUGUAGAAGCUGAGGAUAUCGGAACAGGAUUUUCUGAGAAUAUCACGAUCAAAAACAACAAGGGACGUCUGUCACCAGCUCAGAUUAAUCGAAUGCUUGCCGAAGCCGAACAAUUCAAGAAGGAAGACGAAAAACUGCGACAGAGAGUGAGCAUAAUGAAUCAGAUGGAAAGCUACAUUUUUAGCACAAAACAAGCUGUCAAUGAAGCUGGGAAUAAGAUAACAGAGAUAGAAAAGAUUGAGACACUGCAGUGUUGUGAUGAGUAUCUACAGUGGCUUGAGGCCAACCCCACAGCUGAGAAAGAUGAGUUGCAGCUAAAAUUCAAUGAGCUACAGAUACAAUGUGCAGUCGUUUUGGUCAAAAUUCAUCAGGAUGAUCCUAAAGGCAAAUUCAUCAACAUUGAUCACUUGAAAUGUUAAUUUCUAGGUAAGUUAGUUGGUUUUUAUAUUCAUAGUUAGUUAAAUAAGGUUUUAUAUACAUCAUAAUAUAUCUUUAGUUAAUCUUCAGUUUAAAUUUUCUAGAUAUAAAGUAAGCUCGGAGCUGCAUAGUAUUGUCACACAAUUGAUUAAAAUAUUGUUGAAUCGUUAUUAAUAAAUGAAAAUGUAUAAAAAAAGUCCUAAGAGAAAGUACAACUGUCAAGCCUGAAUGUAAGACUGAUUUCAAACAUCAUAUUGUUUUAUUACAACAGGGCAAAGAUGUAGUUGAAUGUGAACCCAGAAUGUAGUUUGAAAUGAUUAUUAAAUGUAAAAGACUGUUUUUCUAUAUACAAUUUAUUAUAGUGAUGCAUUUCUUUUAUAUUAGUAGACUUUCUUGAUAAUUUGAUUACAAUGUGUAAUGUAUUGAAAAAUAAGUGCCUUCGCAUUAUGAAACUCUACCUCAGAUUUUAAAAGGAUAAGAUUUCGAUUAAAAUACGAUGAAAGACCAAUGUAUUCAUCUUGUUUGAAUAAAAUAAAAUGUUAUAAAAUAAUUU